UGCAUACCACGCACCGAGUCUCACGGAGAGUCGACGACGAGCGCAGCAAGAGCCAUGUGGGCGCCUACGCUGCUCGCCCCUUCAACCCUAAGCCACCUCCACCUCCUCCAACAGCACGAGGAAGCGCACGCGAGGCGGCUGCUGCUGUCCGACGCCCCUUCCUACGCUGUGCCCCACAGCUCGACCACGAGCGCGGACGACUCGCUCAACGCCAAUGUCGUCAUGGUUCUCGCCGUUCUCGUCUGCUCCGUGGUCUGCGCGCUGGCGGUGAACGCCAUCGCCCGCUGCGCCUUGGUCGUGCUGAAGUGGGCGCGGUCGAGGCCCUGUGCCCCGCUGGAGUGCUGGGAGCGCGACGGGGGCGGGAGGGAGGAGGCGCUGACGGCCCUGUCGAGCUUCGUUUACCACCCUGGGAUGGGGGUGCCCAAGGCGGGGCCGGAGUGCGCCAUAUGCUUGUGGGAGUUCGUGCCCGGGGAGCGCGUCCGCCUGCUGCCUAUGUGCAACCACGGGUUCCACGUCGGAUGCGUCGACCGGUGGCUCGCUUCGCGGCCAUCGUGCCCGACGUGCCGGCGCAGUCUACCGAGUUACGUGGGGGCCGUGGGUGUGCACAGUUGAGUCAGGUCAGUCUCAAACGCUGGAGCAGGUAUUGUUGACGAUAGGCGUGCGAGUUGGUUUGCUAUAUACUUCAUGAUCUUUCUGAAUUGGGGUGUGGUAUACUUGGACAUGUCAUGACCAGUUUGUCUAUAACUAUAUAAAUGUAUACUUUGGACAAUCUUUGGUCUUAAGAUGAUGGAACUAAAUUGCUAUAACUCCAAGCUAGUUUGAAUCAA